CCAGCAGAGCGCACCCUUGCGUUAUUUUUUUGUUCGGUCAUGGCAACCGUGUUUCAUUGACUCAUUCUCUGCACCGAUUCCGUUCCGAGACACGCCACGCACAAACACGCGCAGAUUCACGAGGAAUGAGCCGAAAACGCACACGAUCUUCCGCUGUGUUCAUGUCAUCCUUUUAAACGGGUUUCACUGAGUCUGAUCUAGGCUACAGGACAUCUACAGUGUGAUCGGACUGAUCGGAUGUUCAGCUCGCUGUGAUUAUCAUGGCUGCGUCUGAAUUAUAUACAAAGUAUGCACGGGUUUGGAUCCCGGAUCCAGAGGAAGUUUGGAAAUCAGCAGAGCUCAACAAGGACUACAGACAAGGAGAUGGAGUUCUGCAGCUUCAGCUUGAGGAUGGGAAGGAACUGGAGUACAAAUUGGACCCCAAGACAAACAACCUGCCGCAUCUGCGUAAUCCAGAUAUCCUGGUGGGAGAGAACGACCUGACGGCUCUCAGUUACCUGCACGAGCCUGCUGUCUUACAUAACCUGAAAGUGCGCUUCACUGAUUCCAAACUCAUCUACACAUACUGCGGUAUCGUCCUAGUGGCCAUAAACCCAUAUGAGACGCUGCCCAUUUAUGGAGCCGACAUCAUUAAUGCGUACAGCGGGCAGAAUAUGGGCGACAUGGACCCGCACAUCUUUGCGGUGGCAGAGGAGUCUUAUAAACAGAUGGCCAGAGAUGAGAGGAAUCAGUCCAUCAUCGUGAGCGGAGAAUCCGGGGCGGGUAAAACCGUCUCUGCCAAAUAUGCCAUGCGUUACUUUGCCACGGUCAGCGGCUCUGCCAGCGAAGCCAACGUGGAGGAGAAAGUUCUGGCAUCCAACCCCAUCAUGGAGUCUAUAGGUAAUGCCAAGACCACUAGGAAUGACAACAGCAGUCGAUUUGGAAAGUACAUUGAGAUCGGCUUUGAUAAGAAGUAUCAUAUCAUUGGGGCGAACAUGAGGACAUAUCUACUGGAAAAAUCACGAGUUGUAUUUCAGGCGGACGAGGAGAGAAAUUAUCACAUCUUCUAUCAGCUGUGUGCGUCUGCUAACCUGCCAGAGUUUAAAGCUCUUAAACUGAGGACAGCAAAUGAGUUUCACUACACCAAACAGGGCCGGAGCCCGGUGAUAGACGGUGUGGAUGAUGCUAAGGAAAUGUCAACCACCAGGAAUGCCUUCUUAUUGCUAGGUGUGAAUGAGUCCUAUCAGAUGGGCUUGUUUCAGAUUCUGGCGUCAAUUUUGCACUUGGGAAAUGUGGAGGUGAAGGACAGAGACUUGGACAGCAGUAUUAUACCACCAAAUAAUGCUCAUCUGAGCGUAUUUUGUGAAUUGAUGGGCGUGACAUAUCAGGACAUGUCUCACUGGUUGUGUCAUAAGAAGAUAAAGACAACAACUGAGACCUUCAUAAAGCCCAUCCCUAAACUACAGGCCAUAAACGCCCGUGAUGCUCUGGCUAAGCACAUCUACGCCAAACUCUUCAACUGGAUUGUUGACCAUGUGAACAAAGCACUGCAUUCAUCAGUCAAACAGCACUCAUUUAUCGGAGUCCUGGACAUUUACGGCUUUGAAACAUUCGAGAUCAACAGUUUUGAGCAGUUCUGUAUUAAUUAUGCCAAUGAGAAACUACAGCAACAGUUCAACUUGCAUGUGUUUAAACUGGAACAAGAGGAAUACAUGAAAGAACAGAUUCCCUGGACUCUCAUUGAUUUCUAUGAUAAUCAGCCCUGUAUUAACCUCAUCGAAGCCAAGAUGGGCAUCCUGGACCUUCUGGACGAAGAAUGCAAGAUGCCGAAAGGUUCGGAUGACUCCUGGGCUCAGAAGCUGUAUAACACUCAUCUGAAGACGUGUGAACUUUUUGAAAAGCCGAGGAUGUCUAAUAAAGCUUUCAUUAUUCAGCACUUUGCAGAUAAGGUGGAGUAUCAAUGUGAUGGUUUUCUGGAAAAGAAUAAAGAUACGGUGAACGAAGAGCAGAUCAACGUCCUGAAGGCCAGUAAGUUUGACCUGCUGGUGGAGCUGUUUCAGGAUGUGGAGAAAGCCACGAGUCCGACAGGUGCUGCUCCUGCCCCUGGAGGGCGCACUCGUCUCAGUGUCAAACCAGUCAAGAGCAAAGCUGGUCAAUCCAGCAAAGAGCACAAGAAGACCGUCGGACUGCAGUUCCGGAAUUCUUUGCAUUUGCUAAUGGAGACGCUGAACGCCACUACACCACAUUAUGUUCGCUGCAUCAAACCCAACGAUCACAAAUAUGCCUUCACGUUUGAUCCUAAGAGGGCCGUACAACAGCUCCGUGCAUGUGGAGUUUUGGAAACCAUCCGGAUCUCUGCUGCUGGUUUCCCAUCUAGGUGGACGUAUCAGGAGUUCUUCAGCAGGUACCGUGUCUUGAUGAAACAGAAAGAUGUUUUGACAGAUAAGAAGAUGACCUGCAAGAAUGUUCUGGAGAAACUUGUGCAGGAUCCAGAUAAGUACCAGUUCGGAAAAACCAAGAUCUUUUUCCGAGCCGGACAGGUCGCGUACCUGGAGAAACUGCGUGCAGAUAAGUUGCGUGCCGCUUGCAUCCGCAUCCAGAAGACCAUCCGCUGCUGGCUGGCGCGUAAGAAGUACCUGCGCAUGAAGAGCGCCGCCACAACCAUCCAGAGAUUCGUCCGUGGAUACCAGGCCCGCUGCCUGGCCAAAUUCCUGCGUCGCACACGGGCAGCGAUCGUCAUCCAGAAGUAUCAGCGCAUGUAUGUACAGAGGACGUCCUACAAACGCAAACAGGCCGCAGCUUUGGUCAUGCAGUGCAUACUCAGAGCAUACAUGGCACGACAGCUUUACAAAGCGCUUCUGCGUGAGCACAAGGCCAUCAUCAUUCAGAAGAUGGUACGCGGCUGGUUGGCGCGUCAGUGGUACAAGCGGUCGCUCCGAGCCAUCGUGUACCUGCAGUGCUGCAUCCGGCGCAUGCGAGCCAAACGCGAGCUCAAGAAACUCAAGAUCGAGGCCAGAUCGGUCGAACACUUCAAGAAGCUCAACAUCGGUAUGGAGAACAAAAUCAUGCAACUGCAGCGGAAGAUAGACGAACAGCACAAAGAGAACCGUGCUGUCAGCGAGCGUUUGAACGGUCUGGAGAUCAGUCAUGCUGCAGAGUCCGAGCGUAUGCGGGGAGAGCUCACGCGUCUGCGAGGGGCAGAAGAGGAGGCUAAAAACAAUGCCAACCGCAUCACAUCACUCCUGGAGGAGCUGGAGCGUCUGCGUAAAGACCUACAGAACACACAGAAGGAGAAGAAGACCAUCGAGGACUGGGCACAAAAAUACCAGGAUGAGAUGGAGCAGAUGAUCUCCGAACUGAAAGAGCAGAACCACCUGCUGAAGAACGAGAAAGACGACCUGAACCGACUGAUCCAGGAACAGAGUCAGCAGUGGACGGAAAAAAUGCAGAGGGCUCUAAAGGAGGAAACCCAGCAGUUAGAAAGCGAUUUAAACGAGGAACGCUCUCGAUAUCAGAACCUGCUUUCAGAGCACCUCCGACUGGAGGAGAAAUACGACGAUUUGAAAGAGGAGAUAAGCCUGGCAGUGAACAUUCCCAAACCCGGACACAGACGUACAGACUCCACACACAGCAGCAACGAAUCCGAAUGCACAUACUCCGAGUUUGCCGAAUCAGAGGAGGGGUCUCGCGGAGGAGAGGAUGUUUCCAAAGGGAUCCUGGAUAUGUCUCUGUUCCUGAAGCUGCAGAAGAGAGUGUCCGAACUAGAGCAAGAGAAACAGUCACUGCAAAACGAACUCGAUCGCAGAGAGGAACAGUUUCAACGGGCUAGAGCCAGGGAUGAUGAGGAACACAAGAAAGCUCGCAGCGCUGAACUGGAGUAUGAAUCUCUCAAGCGUCAGGAGCUGGAGUCUGAGAAUAAGAAGUUGAAACACAAUCUAAAUCAGAUGCGUCAGUCUCUAAGAGGCGGCACUGAGGCCGGAUCCGCCGCUCCCGGUUCGCCUGCGUACGUGGUUCUACUGGACCAGCUGAACGCCUCCAAUGAGGAGCUGGAGGUGCGUAAGGAGGAGGUGCUCAUCCUGCGAUCUCAACUCGUCAGUCAGAAAGAGGCCAUGCAGCAUAAGGCGACCAUGACUGAACCUUUGCCCUACAUUGAGGAUGUGCAGAAGUUAACUGAUGCCAAGGAGAUCUCGCAGGCGUACAUGGGCCUGAAAGAUACCAACAGAUCACCCAGGUUUGCGCGCAGGCCGACUGAAGUAAAUGAGCUUGUGAACAGGUUGAGAUCUCCCUUCCCUGACUACCAUAAGAUGAAUGAGGAUGGGGAACUAUGGCUGGUAUAUGAAGGGUUAAAGGAAACAAACAGGUUGUUGGAGUCUCAGCUGCAGGCACAGCGUCGGUCUCAUGAGAACGAGGUGGAGGUUUUGCGUGGAGAGCUCCAGAGUGUUAAAGAGGAGAAUAAUCGCCAACAGCAGCUCUUGGCUCAGAACCUUCAGCUUCCUCCAGAGGCCAGAAUCGAGGCCAGUCUGCAACACGAGAUCACACGUCUCACCAACGAAAACCUGGAGCUUCACUCGGAUGACCCAAAGGAAUAUAAAGCCUACAGAUUCAGCAUGUUACGCAGGAUGGUUGACCUCAUGGAGCAGCUGGAGAAACAGGACAAGACGGUUCGCAAACUAAAGAAACAACUCAAAGUCUUUGCCAAAAAGAUCAAUGACCUUGAAGGUGGUCAGAUGGACGUGUCUCCAGGACAGACGACUGACGAGCCCGUUCAUCCGGUGAAUAUUCCACGCAGAGAGAAAGAUUUCCAGGGAAUGCUCGAGUACAAGAAAGAAGAUGAGCUCAAGCUGGUCAAAAAUCUCAUACUAGAGCUAAAGCCUCGUGGUGUGGCGGUGAAUCUGAUACCGGGUUUGCCCGCAUACAUUCUCUUCAUGUGUCUGCGUCACGCUGACUACGUCAAUGAUGACCAGAAAGUGCGAUCGCUACUCACCUCCGUCAUUAACAGCAUCAAGAAAAUCCUCAAGAAACGAGGUGAUGACUUUGAGACGGUUUCUUUCUGGUUGUCUAACACGUGUCGGUUCUUGCACUGCCUAAAACAAUACAGCGGAGAUGAGCAAUUCAUGAAACAUAACACCUCCAAACAGAACGACCACUGUCUCUCCAACUUUGACUUGGCCGAGUACCGACAGGUCCUCAGCGACCUGGCCAUUCAGAUCUACCAGCAGCUCAUCAAGUGUAUGGAGAACAUCCUACAGCCCAUGAUCGUCUCCGGCAUGCUGGAACACGAAACCAUUCAGGGCGUGUCGGGGGUCAAGCCCACAGGUCUCCGUAAAAGGACGUCCAGCAUCGCCGAUGAGGGAACGUACACGUUGGACUCCAUCAUCCGCCAGCUCAACACCUUUCACUCCAUCAUGUGCCAGCACGGGACAGACCCAGAGCUUAUAAAACAAGUGGUCAAACAGCAGUUUUACAUCAUCGGUGCCGUCACGCUUAACAACCUGCUGCUGCGUAAAGACAUGUGCUCCUGGAGCAAGGGCAUGCAGAUCAGGUAUAAUGUGAGUCAGUUGGAGGAGUGGUUGAGGGAUAAGAACCUCAUGGUAUGCGGUGCUAAAGAAACACUGGAGCCGUUGAUUCAGGCCGCACAACUGCUUCAGGUUAAGAAGAAAACUGAUGAAGAUGCCGAAGCCAUUUGCUCGAUGUGUAACGCUCUCUCUACAGCACAGAUCGUGAAGGUGCUGAACUUGUACACACCUGUCAAUGCGUUUGAAGAGCGUGUGUCGGCACUGUUCAUAAGGACUAUACAGACACGUUUACGAGAUCGGAAGGAGUCACCUCAGCUGCUGAUGGACACCAAAAUCAUCUACCCCGUGACCUUUCCUUUUAACCCAUCCUCUCUGGCACUGGAAACCAUUCAAAUCCCCAGCAGCCUCAAUCUGGGCUUCCUUUCUCGUGUGUAGAGUCACCUCAUCUCAGCCAAUCACAUGGCAGGAACUACAUUUUAAAAUAUAUAUAUAUAAAGUAAAUAAUUGUAAGUAAAUAAACCACAUACAUAUGCAGAAAUGCAGUUCAGACCUUUUCACCAAUCUCACAAAAUAGGAAAAUUCAAAUACGAAAAGGCCUAGUUUUGUUUGAUUGAACUUUGGGAUAUUGUUAGCAUUACAUUUAUUAACCCCUCCUAAAUUCUUAUUUAAAAUAUUCCAAUUUAAUUAAAUUCGAAUUGUUAUGAAUAAGGGAGAUGUUUAUGAUGAGAGGUACAUACAUAAAGGUAGCAGUUGCAUUGCUUUUAAUUUAUGAUGAGAAACCUUCAAAUAAUGUAAUAAUUUUAACUGUAAAAACUGAAAUCAGAAACGCAAUUGACAAAAAAGUAACUCAAUAGCAAAUCUAAAUGCGUCACAGUAAUAACAAUAAUGAAGAAAAUGUCCUUUCAUGAAAAAAUUUCACAGUGCAUACAACAUCUUAAUAUUGAAAUUAAUUUCUAUAGGAUUUUUUUCAUAAUUUUGCACUUUUGCAAAGCAGCUUUACAGAAGAUUUGUUUCUACAGUAUAAUAUUCAUGGAUGGUGUUUUUGUGAGAUUAAUCCUAAAAGGUUUGAUUCUUUAGGGAUGUUUUAUGGCCAUAAAACCAUACACAAAGUUUGCCAAAAAGUCAGAAACACACAAAUGCCUGUUUGCUGUCAAUGUCACAACCAGAGCAUUGUUGCAGGGCUGUAUAAUGUUAUACAUAUAUAAAUAUCCAUGAAUAUGUAUGAUGUUAGGAUAUUUUAUUUAUUGCUUUGCCCAGUCAGAUAUUUUUUCUCUUGAAUGCUAUAGCCAACAUAGAUAUCCAGUCACAGAACGUGUCCUCGACGCAUAUCUUUAUCAGAUAGUUCAUAAUAACAAGGCCUUUUAGCUCUGCUGACUUCAUUAAUGUGCGUAGAUGUUUAUUUGUUAGUAUUGUAUUUUGUAAUGUUGAUUAGCUAUAAAAUAGUCACGUCUGAAACUUCGCAUCCACGCACUGAGCUUUUCUUCUUCUUCAUGAGCUUCCUCCUCAUCCUCAACAUUAUAUUAUUUUUAAUAAGAUACUAGAGUCCUGACCCUGGUGGGUGGGAUAAACUAUUAUUAACUAACACUGUAAACUAUCCCUACACUAUAGUAUAGUGAGGCUAGAGAUGAUUGAGUCCUUCACCAUGCCUUUAGAUGAAUCUCAUGAAGACACUUAUUAUAUAUGACCCAGAUGUUUCUCGACAGUUUUCAUGAUGUUCACCGCGUUGUCUUUUAUGCACAAAGACUAUAAAGACACCGCAAAGCACUGACUAUUAUUAACAAGACUGGAAGAUGUCAAGUCUGCUGUUAUUUAUUUCAGUAUUAUAUGAUUUUAACAAUUACAAACAUCUGUUACUUUCACAGCAUGUGCUGUUAUAUGGUUUAUUUAAUGUGAUAUCUAUCUUUUGUGUUCUUGUCAGUAUUAUCUUGAAUGUUUCACACAGUUUUUGUUGAUAGCAGUUUAUUUUGAUUUUUACAUUAACUCUUGUUACAGCAGUCACGUUAUAACACCCAUACCAUAGUUAUUGGUUAUUAUUCAUCUGAUCAUGUCACGCUAUUACACACACACACACAAUUAUAUCUGUCUCAACUGCUUUUAUGGUUGUUGACAUGCAAUACAAGUACUGUAGAGAUGAGACUGUGCAUUACACUGCAAAAAAGUAUCUUUGUCUUGUUUUCCAGUACAAUAUCUUUAAGCUAAAUAUAUUAAUUGAAAAGCAAAUGUAUGCAUAAUAACUUCAUUGGCAAAAGAUUUUAGUAAUUUUCAAGUAAAUCUAACAAAAUUUAUUGAGGUUAAAACAAACAAACAAAAAUGUCCUGAU